AUGACGUACUUAGAAUCUUUCACCAAGAGAUUCGGGGAAGAGACUAUUAAGCAUUUGCUGGAAAAAAUAAAAUCCGAAGAAAAUAGCAUUCGGGGUAGCUAUGAUGAAUCGACUGAAUGGAUACCAUCCGAAGCCUUCGUGGACCUUAUCUUUCUGGAUUCAGUUUUCAUCAUGGAGUUCAGUAUCAAACUUAAUGAAAUUUCAAGAACUUCAGGCGAUCAGAUUGUGGACAACGAUUAUACCAGGUCAAGGGUUAUAAAAGAUUUAAUAUUGCUCGAGAAUCAACUACCCUAUUUCAUUUUCGAAAUCAUUUUCGGUUCCAUUGUGAAACUUUUGUGUUUACAAGACUAUGCUGCCCGAGUCGUCCUGGACUUCUUUUCCUUAAAGAUCAAAACAAAGACAACAUUCAAGCAUUUCACAGACAUGUUCCGGUGUGUUUAUGAGGAAUCGCUUGACCAAAGACCAAAGCUGAUCGGCGGCUUCAGAGGAUCACCUAUCAAGGAGAUGCCAAACGCAGCUAACCUAUCCCGUGCGGGAGUGGAAUUCAAGGUAAAGUGA